AAAAAAAGAGAAAAAAAUAACCCCCCGUAACGUCAAGUGCGUUUGAGGAUUGGGGAGGUCAAGGUAAAUCAGGUACCUCGUUACCUACUGCACGUAUUCAAGGCACGGAGAAUUUUGAGAACAAGAUUAAAUCAAGUUCCAAAACAGCAAGGCAUCGAGACCAGAUAGACAGACCUACGGCUCGGGUUUGGAACACCUUCUUGAACCACAAUACCGCAAUAUUUCUUAUUCGGAGACGUUGUGAUAUCAAGUACGCACACAGGCUUUGCUCCAGCUGCGCCGGCAACUGCAGUAGCUGACUUGAUCACGAGCUGAGGAGGACGUGCGUGCUUUCAUCUACAACCUCGACGCGGCGUCCUGCCUGUACAGCAUCAUAAUGUCGACCACAUUUGGAAAGGCUACCAUCGCCGCCAUUGGCGUUUUCACCGGUGCAGCUGCCACAUUUAGCUUCAUCUCUGGUGAUAAAUCCACCACACCGGUCCUGGCCGAUAUCUCUUCGAAACCGGGAGAGUCCCAUAAACUACCAACACCGGGUAAUACGGGUGGCCAUCCUGUGCCUUCCACACCCGUCGACCCUGCAGGCCUCUUCAAAUACGGCUUCCCAGGUCCAGUUGCCGAUCUGGCAGCACGCCAGGCGUUUAUAUCCACCUAUGAUCGCCGAUUACGCAACCCGCUCUGGGUUGCCGAGCACAUCACCCCGGAGUCGCUUGCCAAACGCGACGGCGAUCGGAAGAACUCGGCCUUCCUCGAAGAUCCCAGCAUCCCCGAGAAGUUCCGCGCUAAGCUGAAGGAUUACUUCCGCUCCGGCUUCGACAGAGGUCACCAGGUGCCCGCCGCUGACUGCAAGUGGUCGCAGACCGCCAUGGACGAGACAUUCUUUCUCAGCAACAUGUGCCCUCAGGUCGGGGAGGGGUUCAAUCGGGACUACUGGGCCCAUUUCGAGGAUUUCAGCCGCCGUCUGACGACCAGAUAUCCAAGUGUGCGCAUCGUAACGGGUCCGCUGUACUUGCCCAAGCGCGAUCCGGCCGAUGGCAAGUGGUAUGUCAAGUACGAGGUUAUCGGCAACCCAGCAAACGUCGCAGUCCCGACGCAUUUUUACAAGGUCAUAUUUGCUGAGGACGGUCGUGAAGGCGGCAAUGUCGCCCUGGGCGCAUUUGUGCUGCCCAAUGCCAAGAUUCCAAACGACAAACCGCUGACCGACUUUGAGGUUCCCCUCGAGGCUGUGGAGCGUGCCUCGGGACUCGAAUUUGCAGAGAAGCUGCCCGCAGCAAGGCGCAGGAGGCUAUGCGCCGAUGCGAACUGCGCCCUUAUCAUUAAGGAUUACGCCGAUAGGCAAAAGGCUUUUACCAAAGGCGCUCCUCCGCAGAAGACUCUGUGAUGAGCGUGGCCCUCAUCUCGCCUUGGCAUUAUGUGAAUCUGUACUGUAACUCAUUUGUUUGUAAAGACGAUUCCGUCCCUGUGUCAUAUUGGUCUUGUCACUUUUAAGUAUAUAUAACAUUUCAAGGCCUGCAAAGGCGUGUACUACGUAUUCGAUACAUAUUAGUUUUAAAAAAGGGCCCAUGUCGAGCUGGUUUAGGUCUAGGUCUAGUCUAGAAUAGUCUUAGAUCCGCUUUGUUAUUGUGCUUGUCAGUCUGCUUUCCAGCAGCUACAGAAUCCCUUUUUGAAAAGAGUCUCAGCUCUCUAUAUUAUGCAUAGAUCAGGAAUUCAGGCGACUGGACACUCCGCUUGCGGAUUGCCUGAUGUGCUUCCAUGUUUUUCUGC